AUGUUUUCGAAAAUUUCCAUCUUCUUCAUCUUCUUCACCUUAAUUUUUGCGCAAAUUCUGGCAAUCAGACUUUGUGUCGGUGAUUUGGAUUGUCUUCCAACAGCUGUUUGUAGUUUCCAGCAAAAAAUUGGUCAAUUUGGAAAAUGUGUGGCGAUUUGAAUUGAAUAAAGUUUUGAAUAUUUGAAAAUUUGGGAUUUUUUGUGAUACAAAUUCCCUAAACUCUUUGAAAAUCCCAACAUUUUUUUCCAGAUCUUCAUUUGCGGCAAAUUCAUCGGUGGUUUCAACGAGUUAUCGAAUCUCAAAAAUUCCGGUAAAUUGCUCGAAGCUUUGGCCGAAUGCACUGGAGAAAAUUCGAAAAUUUUUGAAGCAUAA